CCCAGCAGCCGCCUGUCUGCCAGCGGCGCUGCGGCGCGCUCACCCCGCCCCGCAGGGGGGAAGGCGGUCGGUGGCUGCGCCCAGCGCUUCCGCCCGGCGCUCGGUGCCGUGGGCAGAAGCGGAGCGGCCGCGGCCCGAGGCGGGGGCUCGGGGGCUCCGUGAGGGGCUCGGACUCCUCGCGGACGCUCCCGCGGUCGGCGGUGCCAUGUCGGCGCUCCCGAGGAGCUACAACCCGUUCGCGGAGGACGAGGAGGAGGAUGCGGCGGGUGCCGGCGGGGCGGGCGGCGCGGAGCGGCAGCGGUACCUGCAGCAGGAGGUGCUGCGCCGCUCCGCCGCCACCGCCGACAGCACCACCCGCUCCCUGUCGCUGCUCUACGAGUCCGAGCGCAUCGGCGUGGCCGCCUCCGAGGAGCUCGUCCGUCAGGGAGAGGCGCUGAAGCGCACGGAGCAGAUGGUGGAUAAAAUGGACCAGGACUUGAAAACGAGUCAAAAGCACAUAAACAGCAUCAAGAGUGUUUGGGGGGGCUUGGUAAACUACUUCAAAGCCAAACCACCAGAGAGCAAACCAGAGCAGAAUGGAGCCCCUGAAUAUUAUGGUAACAGCAGGUUAAAAGAAGCAAUGAUGUCUAGUAAAGAACAAGAGUCAAAAUACCAGGAAAGCCAUCCAAAUUUAAGGAAGCUAGAUGAUUCAGACAAUGACUUCAACAAAGCAGAUUUCGUUUCUUCAGUACAAAGGGAUGCCUACCCAAAGAACCAACAACUGCGAGCUUACCACCAGAAAAUUGAUACCAACUUAGAUGAGAUGUCUUCUGGGCUGAGUCGCCUGAAAAGCCUUGCUCUUGGCCUGCAGACUGAGAUAGAAGAGCAGGAUGAUAUGUUGGAUCGGCUCACAAAGAAAGUAGAAACACUGGAUGUCAACAUUAAAAACACUGAUAGGAAAGUCCGACAGCUUUAAAGGAUUUUUAGAAUUUCUUUUGUUCAGUGUUGGUUCAUCCUGAAUGCCUCAUCUCAACUGAUCUCUUACAAAAAAUCUUGGGCAAUAUCUGUUUCCCUUUUUUUCUGCUAUGUUACUGGUUUUGUUGUCAUUAAAAUUACGUAGCCUUAAGUCAGCACAAUACUUUACAUUUCCUCUUAGUCUACAUGGGAAAAGUGCAUGUGCAGUAAAAUCUCUCAGUGUUGGGUCAGGAUGCCCCACUCAGUUGUGUAAGCAUGUCAUGUGCGUGGAGGAGUUGGCACUCCACAGAGCAGCACUGUCCUUGGCCUGGGAGCUGUGAUGAGAAAAGGAACUGCGUUUUUGCCUCUGUUUUGGGGAGGGGGCAGGGAGAACAGAAUGUGCUGCUUUGUUCAGAAGAAAUGUUGCUAAUUCUGUUUACCUACAGAUAUGUUAAAUUCAGAAAAAAUGCUGAUUUCCAGCUGUAAAAAUAUUUUUAAGUGACUGUUCUGUGGCAUUUCUGGGGCUUAAGGAAUGAACUGUUCUGUGGAAGUUGUAAAAUAUCAAGGGUGUCAUGCAGUAAUGGUAAUAUCCUGUGUGUGUUCCCUUUCCUAAGAUGACUUUGCCCAAAUGGUGCAUCCACAAAUUGUGGUUUUUAUGUUUAGGUAACUAAAUAGUUUUGCCUUUACAGUCUUGUCAGUAAAGAUCUCUAAGGAUAUUUUAUGGUCUGCAAGAAAUGUUCAUUGACAGUGACCCAAAAUGUUUGGGUAACAAAAUCAGGACUUAAAUGUAUGUGCUCUUAAAGAGUCUUUUGCAGAAAUGGUCACCAUCUGUUUUUAAUUUUCUGCUCUUUCUCAGCUUAUUCAUUUAGGUGGUUAUUUGAAAAAACAGCUUCCAGUUUAGAAAUGGCAAGUUGUUCUGAUAGUGCCCAAACAGAUUGUAGAAGAUUUUUCUUUAGUGUUUAUUUCAAAUGUGAUUACUGAUGGAGCAUGGGCUUUACUAAGUAAUGUGACUGUUAAGGAACUCCACUAUUGGCUUAGUAGGUAUUAAUAAUUCCUGCAAAUGAAGAAAAGCCCCAAACCAUUUUCGAGUCUUCCAGACAGAAGAACAUUUUGCUUUGUUCUUUUGUAGGGGUCACUGUAGAACAAAAGCACAAUUCUGCUCCAGCCUGAAGACAUGACAGCAAGAACUUGCUGUCUGUCUUGACAGACAGGGUUGAGUUGUGAAUUAGAUUUAAGGUGAGACUCUGUUCCCGUUGUCACUGAUGGCAUUGAUUUCAGUCCCCCCCCCCCAAAACAAUUAUUUUGGAGGGACAUAAAACUUCAAGAGUAGUUGAAUACCUUUAAUUGCUUUUUAAUUUUUCAGUUUGUAUAAUUUACACACAUCAAAAAUUAUAAAUAGCCUAUUAAUAUUAAUACAUCAUUUUACUGUUUGGGUUUAUACCAUGAUUAAUUAUCUUACUCUGUUAGAAUAUUUAUUAAUGAUAUAAUUUGAUGUCUCAAGACACUUGAUAAAUUUAUUUUGUAAAUUAUAUAGUUAGUGUUCAUAUGUUAAGUACCUCAGUGAAGGAAGAUCAACAUUUUGAUUAUAGCUGGUUUCGUUUCUCAUUUGUUUAAAUAACACUUCUUUUAGUGUGAAAUCUGCCUUCACCUGUAAGCAGCUGUGUCACAACUCAGUGUUUGAUAACAAGGAUGGACACUGAGACUUUCUUGACUAAGUUAUGGCAAAUGGAGGAAAAAUGUCACUGCAGGAUCUGGUUGUGUUAUAUGUAGUAAGAAAUCUGGAGCUUGAAUCCAAGUAAAAAUAUUUAAGGGUGAACUGUGGUGCCUUUCUGAUGUAAGCUAUUCCAUUUUUAGUCUAAAUUACUUCACAGAAUUAACUCAAGUUUUUGAGCAAAUGUUUAGUUGUAUUGGCCUUAUGAAAUAUUCAAUGCAUCCUGGAUAUCUUGGAUGCCUUUAAAAACACAGGCAGGGAAGGGAAAUAAAAAAGAAUCCCUAUUUCUGCUUUGGGAAUAAAAAAUAAAUCCCUAUUUGUACUUUGAGAACAAGCAGAGUAGAAACCCAGGAUCUCAGCCAUGUGGAAUCUACACAGAGGUCUAACUCCUCAUGGUGUCUAACAAUCCCAUUCACUGCCUCAGUAAUGUAUGCCUGCCUUUGUUUAGGUUUUCUUUUUUUCUAUUAUUUUUGUUUAGUUUUAAUGACCUUGUUUUAAAGGAUCAUUUCCCACACUGGGUUUCCUUUGGGGGCGGGGGGAAAAUGGUGUAUGGAUAUAAAACAAUUUCUGCUACAAACUGAAUUGCUUGUCUCUGCUUUCAUAUUGAUUUUUGCUGAUAACAAACUUAAAUCUAACUGACAUGAGGAGACACCACUAUUUUAUAAUAGUGAUGAUGUUUUUUAUCUCUUGGAAUAAUUUUCCAUCCUACAGGAAAAGGAAAUUUAAAGGAAAAUAACAACAUGAUUUUUGCUUUUCCAAGAAAUGCUAUUUUGCAUGUAUAGUGAAGGAUCUACUUCAGUAGCUUUUCUUACUGUUUCCUCAGAUGGACUUUUAUUUCUUCUUGGAUACUGUUGAAAAACUUAAACUCUGUAGAGUCCAGGACUUUCAGAAGAAGUUUUAUUUGCACUCGUGUGCUAAUUUUUGAUAAAAUAAAUUAUUUUGCCUGCAUAUUCAUGUUGGCAUAUAAGCUGGUGUUCUUGCAGCAAAAUAGCUCUGGUUAAUUUUAUUGGCUUGGAUAGGAAUUUAAUAAGGUCAGAAGAAGAUGGCAAAAAAUAUUUAAGUAUUCUUUAUAAAUGGCAAUUUGCCAGUUUCUCAAAAAGUUUGCUAAUCAAUUUUGAAGAGAUCUUAAACACUGGGAAGCAGCAUAUGCCCUUCAUAACACAGGCAUAAAAUUCUAAAAGCAGCAAGGAGAAAGAAUGGGAAUAACCAGUAUCUGAUGACUAGACUCCUAGGUGUAUUUGAUUUUUAAGUUUCCUGACCACUGAAUUAAAUCUUGUAACAAAUGAUAGGUAGCUAAAUUUUAGACUGUACUACACAGAUUUUUUUUCUGUGCUGAGCUGUAUGGACCCUACUGAAAUCAUUGGGACAUUAUGAUGUCAGGAGCUCUUCUAAUGUGUGAAAUUUACCUGAAAUAUUUUGCUGCCUAGUAGUUUUUGUGAUGUCAUUUGUUAAAUGGUAAAAUAGAAAAUACUUUCCAACCAGUCUGCCUUCUGAACAAACAUUUUUGUAGGCAUUUUUACAAGCAUAGCAUCAGAUGGAAGAUAUGUGUUAAUUUUUACUUUGAAAUACAUAGGACUUAAUUUUCAAAUCACAAGUAGUGAUUAUUUGUGUCUAUGGCUUUUCAAAAUAGAACUUUAAUUCUGUGCCACCCAGAUAUAACACUUUUUGUACAAGUCAAAUUGCAUUAUCAUUUAUUUAAAUGCUAAACUGGACUGUAGUUCAGCAGUUGAAGAGCUUGAACGGACUGAGUGUUGAAUGGUAAGACAGUCAAUAAAAGGUGCUUAUUGUUAA